AUGGAGGAGAUGGCUUUGUCAAGUAUACCAACGUCAAGCUGCCUGAUACGCAAUAUUCCUGGCUAUAAUGUUGUGUUUAUGCUAUCAUCGAUAUUCGAUAUGUAUCAGCAUAUUAUCACAAUAUGGGAAUGCCUGAAAGAAAUUUUGCUCGGGGACUGGACUGAUGGCAUACUAUGUAGCUUCGGGAUGCCUGUUAUUAAUGGAUCAGUACGUUACAAUUGCCAAGUUCUUUGUAUGAAUAGAAAAAUAAUCAUGAUACGGCCAAAGAUGCGGCUUGCCAAUGAUGGUAAUUACAGAGAGCUGCGUUGGUUCACUUCUUGGAAGCAUACAGACCAGAUAGUGGACUUUCAGCUACCUCCUGAUAUUGCGGAUGCUAUAUCGCAAACAACGGUGCCCUUUGGUUAUGGGUUCAUUAAGUUCUUGGACUCAACUGUUGCUGCUGAAAUUUGUGAGGAGCUAUUUUGUCCAGAUCCACCUCAUACUCAGCUUGCCUUAAAUGGUGUUGAAAUUUUUAUGAAUGCUAGUGGAAGUCAUCAUCAACUAAGAAAGCUUAAAGUUCGCAUGGAUGUUUUUAUAGGAGCUACACAAGCUCGUGGAGGACUUUACAUGUUUAGUAAUCAGCAGGGUUGUGACGGUGGACGCUUAUAUUACGAUGGAUGCUGUUGUGUUGUUGUUAAUGGAGAUGUGGUUGCUCAAGGCUCCCAAUUCUCAUUGAAGGAUGUGGAAGUUGUCGUUGCUCAUGUGGAUAUUGAUGCAGUAAGUUUGAAUGUUUGAUUAUUUAAAAAAUAUAGUCUUUUUGUUAUCAGGCCGAUUUGCCUCUUGGGUAAUAGAAGUUGUAUGACCUUCAUGCUUGGUUUUUUUUUUUUUUGAAAAAAAAUAAAUAAAUGUUGGUCAUGUGAGUAUAAUGAUAGUAUUAUCCUUUUAUUUUCUUCCAGCUAUGUCACAUAUUUUGCUUGAU